UCCGCUACCCACGGCAGUGGGCGAAGACCGGCCACGGGGAUAAAAAGCUCCUCGGGACUCCGGUAUGUCACUGCCUGAAGCCGCAGUGACUCGGUCACCAGAGCUGAACCUCAGCAGAGAUAGCAUCAAGCAGGCACUUCCACGCCGUGCAGGCUAACUCGCUUUCGGCUUUGGUUCGAGAUGGAAACUCGUCGCACCGUGAGGGGCUCCAGCGCCCGCAACUACAAGGGUGGACUAACCCUAUGGCUGAUUUUGUGGCUGGUGGUGGUGAAGCCGGGUGGGGUCACAGCAUGCCCCAAGCUGUGUGUGUGUUACCCUACGCCCAUGACGGUCAGCUGCCAGUCCCAGAACCUCACCAUAGUGCCGGCCGGUGUGCCCUACAACUCACAACGUGUUUUCCUCCAGAACAACCGCAUCACAGAGCUUCGCGCAGACUCUUUUGGCUUUGAGACACAAGUGCUUUGGCUAUAUGGCAACAACAUCACAUGGAUUGAGGCUGGAGCCUUCAGUAACCUCAGGGUACUGGAAGAGCUGGAUCUGGGUGACAACCCUUCACUGCGCCACUUGGAAGGUGGAGCCUUCAGGGGCUUGGAGAAGCUGCAGAGCCUGCAUAUGCAUCGUUGCAAGCUGGCCACUCUCCCCCAUGAUCUCUUCCACAAGCUGUACAGCCUGCAAUUUCUCUAUCUGCAGGAAAAUCAACUCCAUUUUCUGCAUGAUGACCUUUUCUCUGAUCUGGUCAACCUCACCCAUCUGUUCCUGCAUGGGAACCGUAUCCGUACCCUCACUGAAAAUGUGUUCAGGGGUCUGGUCAACCUGGACCGUCUCCUUCUGCAUGACAAUCGCAUCAGGCAGGUCAACCGCAGGGCCUUUCGUGACCUUGGUCGUCUUACCAUCCUCUACCUGUUCAACAACUCCCUGGCUGAGCUACCAGGACAGACCAUGAAAGACGUCCAAGACAUCCAGUUCCUCCGCCUCAAUGGUAACCCCUGGUCCUGUGGCUGUGAGGCACGUCCCCUUUGGGAGUGGUUCCGCAAGGCCCGCAUCUCCUCAUCUGACCUUAUGUGCACUUCCCCCUCUACACGUCGUGGUCAGGACCUCCGAUUCCUCCGGGAAAUGGAUUUCGCUCUCUGCCCUCUUCCUGACCCCGGCUCUCUGGCUGGAUCCACCACAACCACCUUCAGUACCAAGACCCGCUGGUGGUUCUCCAAGAACAAACCCGAAUCCAAAUCAAAGUCCUUGUACCAGAAGAGCUCAGAAACAGUGAAGUCAUUCCCUUUCCCUGCGGUCAAGCCUCAGUUCCCCUCCAAGUAUGAACUGUCAGCUGAUGAGGCAGCCCUCCCCAAACUCGACCAAGAAGAAUACUGGACCAACUAUGGCAAUGAAGAUUCCUCUGUCCGCUGUGUUGAGCUGGACUGUGCUCCAAGCUAUGACGACGAAGCCUUCCCCUCAUUCUCCUCCCUAGCCAUCACUCCACGCCCACUCCACUUCCUCAGCCUCACCAUACUCGUAUUCUCCCUCCAUUUCCUUUUCAGCUGAACUCCUUUCACCUCUCUACCUGUUUCUUUCUCUGAUUUCUCCCUCUCCUCUUUCUAAUUCUAACAAAAACCUGGAUCUCGAGUCCUUUCAGUUGCCUCCUCAACAUGCAAGGGGUGCUACACUGAAGCGGGAGACAGGCAAGGCAGCAGGGAGCUGCUUAAAAGUGCCAGGUCAGUUGAGCUGAUGUAGAGCAAGACAAAUUUGAUCGUGAAAUAUCUGAUCUUUCGCAGUACAGGCUUAGGAUGACAUCAGAGCUGAAUGACAGUGACAACACAAAGGCAGAAAACUACCAAGUUAGCUGGUGGGGUCUCCAGAUGUCUUUUUUUCUAUCACAGCUGUAAACAGCGCAGGCGUUGUAAACCUAUCCAGCUGUUUUCUAUAUUAACUAGUACACACAAUUCAAUUAUCACUAACAUUAUUAAAGGAAGAUUAUUUGGCACUACCAGAAGUAGGAUAAAGAUGUGGAUUAACAAGAGAGAUCUAGGAGGAGAGAAGUAUAGCAGUUUGAGGUGUUCACUUCAAUGCAACCAGGAGUGACUAACCUCCCUCCUUCAGAUUCAAAACCUUGUGUGAUCCCAGAGAUGCCAGCAAACCAUCUGUACAUACCACACACCAUCACUGUACAUACGCAUCCCGCACACUGUAUCUUAGACUAGGUGGAUCUGUACUUUGAUCGUAGUGAACAGCUUUUUGUGAAGAUAGAAGAGAUGCUUAGACUGUAAAAGGAAGGCAAGCAAAUUAAAUAUGCGCCUCUUGAUUUCCACUAUUAUCACUUUGCCCUUUAUAAAUCUAAAAGUUUUAGAUAUCCCAGACAUGGAGUUAUAACUGAUUUGUGUGUGUGUUUCAAUUUUCUGUUGUGGUUGUGUGAGUGAAACUUAAGUAUUGUAGAUUAAGAGAGUCUAAAAAAGUCUGGAAGAGGCGGGUCUUCAUCUAUGUUAGACAAGUGAGUGCCUGUAUGCAUGUUGUGUGGAAGUCCAGAAGUCCUAUUUCAUUACACUUAUAUUGUUUUUUAUUAUUUUACGUGUCUGUAUGUGCUUUUUUUUCUAACCUGAAAUCUGAAAAAAAAAUCCUUCAUACACACAAAAAAAAUGACCAAUAACUGUAUUUUAAAACUGCAUGCAGCAUUUACACUCUGAACCAUCUCUUCUCUUUAUAAGCUGAACCUUUCUAGCCCCAGUAUGUGUUUAUGGAAAAGUGUAUGUGUGUUGUUUAAGACCAAUGAAACCUAACUGUGACAUACGGUCCACGUCGGCCCCACAUGUUAAAUCUGAAACCAAACCUCGAUGAUGACUGUGAGUUUCAGAACAGAACAUGAAAGAUACUGUGACAUUUGUUAGAGUCUGUUUUUUUGAUGAAAAAUUAAAAAACUGUUAUGGAAGUGCUUUGCUUUAUUAAAAAAUAA